UGCUGCCCCUCUGCCACUGGCCGCCGGUGUGGGGCAGAGCCACCCGGCAGUCCCCCGGCUUCCUGCUAGCCCCAUGUCGCACCUUCAGCAACAAGAAGAUCCUGGUGGAGCUGGAUGAGAGCUCAGGUGUCGCCACAAUGACGUUCAAGAGCCCUCCGGUCAACAGCCUCAGCCUGGACUUUCUCACUGAGUUUUGCAUAAGCCUAGAGAAGCUGGAGAAUGACCGGGCUUGCCGGGGCGUGAUCUUCACAUCUGCUGUCCCCAAAAUCUUCUCAUCUGGCCUGGACAUCACCGAGAUGUGUGGGAAGAGCCCAGAGCACUACGCGGAGUUCUGGAGAGCCACACAGGAGUUGUGGCUCCGGCUGUACGGCUCCAACAUGGUGACAGUCGCUGCACUCAAUGGGUCCAGCCCGGCGGGAGGCUGUCUCAUUGCCUUGUCAUGUGACUACAGGAUCAUGGUGGAGAACCCCAAAUUCAGCAUCGGCCUGAACGAAGUCCAGCUGGGCAUUGUGGCUCCCUUCUGGUUUAAGGACACAUUUGUGAACACUGUGGGACACCGAUUUGCUGAACGCUCCCUCCAGCUGGGCUCCCUCCACCCUGCACCCGAGGCCCACAAGUUUGGCCUUGUGGAUGAGCUGGUGCCAGAAGAGAAGCUCCAGGAGAAGGCCGCGGCUGUUAUGGCACAGUGGCUGGCCCUUCCCGACCACGCCCGUCAGCUCACCAAGUCCAUGAUGAGGAAAGCGGUGUUGGACCGCCUGGUAGCUCACCGGGAGGAAGACAUUCAGAACUUCAUCAGCUUCAUCUCAAAAGAGUCCAUCCAGAAGUCACUUCGUAUGUACAUGGAGAUGCUAAAGAAGAGGAAGAGCUGAGGAGCCAGCUGUCCGGGGCCCGGUCCCAGGAGCUUGAGUGACCUUCUGAAACGCUGCAGUACCUGUAGACUUUCACAGUGAAGCCAUCUGCAGUGUCAGCAGUUGGUGGCGUGCUGCCUGCUCCCAUGGCCCCCCCAACUGCCCCUUCCUCUUAGUCCCCAUAGGGUGCCUGACACCACCACUGCCUUUCCUGAGAGCAGGGAGAGCUGCCCUCUCAGCUCCCCUGAGGAGCGGACAGCGUGACAGUCUUGACACUGCUGUGGCGCGAGCCCGACAGUCCUUGCAUAUCCUCCCUCCUGUCCAACAGCUAAUUGUGAAAUGAGAUUUGUCAAUAAAGUCUUUGAUGAGGUAGGA